ACAGAAACCAGACACACAACGGCAUAAGCAUCGUCCGUUGCGUUACUUCUCCGUCCUUCUUUACUCGAAACGAACCACGCAACAGAGAGCGUCGCAUCUUCAUCUUCAUUUCCAUCUUCUCGCUCCUGCUUCGCUAGAUUCUCCAGAAAAAACACCCCAGAACCUGAUCAUGGACUCGUGUUCAAUGAUGGAUAUCGAGGAAGACAUUCGUGGGUUGCAACUUCACUCAGCAGAAGAGUAUAAUGGGGUUGGUCAUCCCGAAGAUCCAAAGCUUGAAGAAAUGGAGAUGGUUGAUGAAAAAGAGGAAGGUGCCCAAGAUGAGAUCCUAAAAACCUCCCAACAGAUCCAGGCUGACCCAAGAGGGAAUGAUGAUGAAGCAUCUGCUGUUGAGCAUGUUGAUGUGCAGGAUGAAAUGGAAGAAGAUAUGAAGCGGCAUUUGAAUGUUGUUUUCAUCGGUCAUGUUGAUGCUGGAAAAUCAACGACAGGUGGCCAGAUUCUCUUUCUUAGUGGACAGGUUGAUGAUCGUACCAUCCAAAAGUACGAGAAAGAAGCGAAGGACAGGAGUAGAGAAAGCUGGUACAUGGCUUACAUUAUGGACACUAAUGAAGAAGAGAGGGUUAAGGGUAAAACAGUUGAGGUUGGGAGAGCACAAUUUGAGACUGAAACAACUCGUUUCACCAUAUUAGAUGCACCGGGUCACAAAAGUUAUGUCCCUAAUAUGAUAAGUGGGGCAUUCCAAGCAGAUAUAGGCGUACUGGUAAUAUCUGCUAGAAAGGGGGAAUUUGAGACCGGAUACGAGAAAGGUGGACAAACCCGUGAACAUGUCCAGCUAGCUAAAACCUUGGGUGUCUCUAAGCUGCUCGUUGUUGUAAAUAAAAUGGAUGAUCACACUGUAAAUUGGUCUAAAGAAAGGUAUGAUGAAAUUGAAUCAAAGAUGAUGCCUUUUCUAAAGUCUUCAGGCUAUAACGUGAAGAAAGAUGUUCUAUUUCUACCGAUAUCUGGUCUCGUUGGUUCAAACAUAAAAACAGGAGUUGACAAAAGCUUAUGUUCGUGGUGGAAUGGACCGUGCCUCUUUGAAGCUCUUGAUGCUGUUGAGGUUCCUCCACGUGAUCCUAAGGGUCCUUUCAGGAUGCCUAUCAUUGACAAAUUCAAGGAAAUGGGAACUCUUGUUAUGGGAAAAGUAGAAUCAGGCAGCAUACGUGAAGGUGAUUAUUUGGUUCUCAUGCCAAAUAAGGCGUAUGUGAAAGUGCUUGCUGUGUACCGAGAUGAUGAUAAAGUUAGACGUGCCGGACCUGGUGAAAAUGUCCGGGUUACACUGUAUGGGAUUGAAGAAAAGGACAUAUUGUCUGGAUUUGUCUUGUCAAGUGUUGAGAAACCAAUUGCUGCAGUCACUGAGUUUGUUGCCCAGCUGCAGAUUCUUGAGCUGCUAGACAAUGCAAUCUUUACAGCUGGUUAUAAGGCCGUUCUACACAUACAUGCGGUUGUUGAGGAAUGCGAGAUCAUUGAGCUGCUACAACAAAUUGAUCCAAAGACGAAAAAGCCAUUAAAAAGGAAUGUUCUAUUUGUGAAGAAUGGGGCUGUGGUCAUUUGUCGCAUUCAGGUGGACAACUUGAUAUGUAUUGAGAAGUUCUCUGAUUUUGCACAGCUUGGGAGGUUCACUCUUCGUACUGAAGGCAAGACAGUGGCAGUCGGGAAGGUCAUCGAUUUACCUGUAAUAGCAAGAGCUUGAACAUUUUUGGGAAUAGGCAACUGAGGGACCUGUGUAAACAAUCUGAGUGGCAACUGCAAGAGUGAGUAUCACUGUUGCAUUGCCUGCAAGUGCAUCUUGUUGGGCUGAUCAGAAAUGGAGAGGUAUCUGUUGCCUGAGUGAUGCACAGAGAUUGCGUCUUUCCCAGAGUACUGAUGCAUCUGAGUGUUAAAGGGUAUUAAGCCAUAUAGCUGAUUCAUACCAUACCAUAUCUUAAACAAAAUCAAAUUGUUCUGUCCAAGUUCACCAAAUAUAGGUUUUCGUUUCAUUUGGGUGGAAUUUUGUGCUUCUGUCUCCUCUAGGAGUAUUUUCCUAUACAAUUUUGCAGUAAAUUGCGUAUCCACUAAUGUUGAUAGACGGUGUUAAUAAAA